AUGUCCAACCCAGAAGACGCCUCCGACCCCCCUCCCCCCCCUCAAUCCGCCGAAGACCGCAAAGCCGCCUCCGCCCUCGCCGCCCUCGACACCCCCACCGAGUCCUCCUCCUCCGCCUCCGCCCCGACAAACCUCGACCAGGAAGCCGUCUCAAAGGCCAUGCGCGCCCUCAACACCGCCCCGGGAGCCUCCUCGACCGCAAAGAAGAACGUCGUCAAGGUCGAUGCCGCGGACGUCGCGCUUCUGGUGGACCAGUUGGAUGUGACUAAGAGUAAGGCUACGGAGUUGCUUAAGGCGCAUGAGGGGGAUGCUGUUGCUGUUAUGAGGGCUUGGGCGAGGGGCUGA